AAAUAUUAAUACUACAGUGCGGACUUUAACCGCUAGAUGGCACUCACUGAUUUUAAUUGCCAUAUGUGACGUCAUCACAUUGCGACGUUUCAUGCGGAUGCUGUGCUGAAGGGCGCCGUGUGUAGCGUCUUAAAGUUCUUUAGGCAGGUUAAAGUUUACAUGGUGAAAUGUCUGUGGGGUCUCUGUGUCGUGCUCUGGGAGCGUUUACUCUCAGCUCCAGGGUUCUUACAGCUCCGUUGUUUGCCCCCCUUGCCCUGAGAAGCAUGGUGGGCGGAGUCACCCUAUUGAGGCCACAGCCAGUACGCUUCUUGACCACCACCAUGCCCCGCCCACAGAACAGGACCCUGUGGAAGCAGACCGAUAAAUACACAGUCCGACCGAUCGGAGUUAAAAAGACUGGAGGGCGGGACUACACAGGUAAGAUCCGGAGGCGGGGCAUCGGGGGGGGCCACAAACAGAGGUACAGAAUGAUCGACUUUCAGCGGCUGCGUUUUGAAACAGGAAAAGAGAAGGGCACUCAGAUCGAGGAGAGAGUGAUCCAGGUGCGCUAUGACCCCUGCAGGUCAGGUGACAUUGCUCUGGUCGCCGGGGGAAACCGUAAGCGUUGGAUCAUCGCCACUGAGAACAUGCAACCUGGUGACCUGGUUAAAAGCUCAUCUGUGAUUGGUCGGAUGGCUGUGUCAGCCAAUGAGGGUGAUGCCCACCCACUGGGAGCACUUCCUGUAGGAACUCUGAUUAACAACCUGGAGCUCCAACCGGGGAGAGGAGCACAGUACAUCCGUGCAGCAGGGACAUGUGGUGUACUCCUGCGUAAAGUGAACGGAACUGCAAUCAUUCAGUUGCCUUCUAAACAGCAGAUUCAGGUGUGUGAGACGUGUGUGGCGACGGUGGGCCGUGUCUCCAAUGUGGACCAUAAUAAGCGUGUGAUAGGGAAAGCAGGGAGAAACCGUUGGUUUGGAAUCAGACCAUCAAGUGGACUAUGGAAGAGGAAGGGUGGGUGGGCGGGGCGUAAGAUCAGGCCCCUCCCCUCACUGAAGAGUUACGUCAACAUGCCAUCUGUCUCUGUGCAGCCCUGAUACGUGUGUGUGUGUGUGUGUGUGUGUGUGUGUGUGUGUGUGUGUGUGUGUGUGUGUGUGUGUGUGUGUGUGUGUGUGUGUGAUGCUGACACUGUAGUAAUUAUGUAUAAAGUAAGUAAAUCAGAGCUCAGACAAACAGCAGAGCUCCAUUGUGAGACUCAGUAGUGCGAAAGCCACCAAAGGAGAGGAGAUAAAAGCUGUGACUUGUGUGACAACAAAGUGCAGAGUUUCUGCUGUUUAAUACGGACGUUAUGAACACUUUCAGUGUUUAUUCUGAAGGUCAGAAGAUCAGAAUCUGAUUAUAAAGGUGAUUAUCGAACAGAUCGGACCACACUCAGGAUCACAGUGAGGGAAACAACCUGGUAAUAAACUGAAUAAAUUAAGUGUUAAAUCGUGA